AUGAAUAACACAGAUAUAAUAACCAUAUUAUCAUCAUUCUCCUCGUCAAAGUUAAAGGAAAGAAAUGCUGCUUUGGAAGACUUAACCACAGUAUUGAAAGAGGAUCCAUCCAGAAUCCCGUCAAAGGCCCUACAUGGAACAUCUGAAUCAUUGAUUGAGCUACUUGACCUCGAACAUAGAAAAUACUAUGACUUGUUAGAUGAUAGAUCAAAAUCAAAUACAAGCAAAUUAUCUCUUUCUGAGAAUAGACUCUCCACAGUUGCAUAUGUCUUGAGACUCUUCAUUGAGAAAGUUGGAUACAGAUUCAAAUUGAAGACAUUGAACCUACACCUGGCUAUAUUACCGGAAUUGAUGGUUAAAGACAGAGAUCAAACAUUAGUAGAACCUGCAUCAGUGCAUCUAACUUUUGCAUUAUUGAAUAUUAUUGAGUCAUGCCCUUUUCAAUUAAAAUUCACCUCCCAUCAAUGGUUUUCGCUAAUGGAGAAAGUUUGUCUAUGCUUAAAUAAACAAAUUUCUAUCUCUGUAUCGAAUAGGACAGUAUCAAAUCUUAUCAGUAUAGUGGCAUCCCUUUUAAAACUCGAUACUAUUGCAUUAUACGAUGGUGCACUAUCUGUACAUGGAACAAUUUUACGCCUAUUGAAGACAGUUGAGUAUCUUUCUACUGAUACUCGUACAAUUAUACAAAUUGUCAAUCUAUUACUUGCAAAGACUUUUAUGAGCCACAUUAAUGUAUGCUUUUCAAUAAUUCAAGAAACAUGGAAGUAUGCAAUCAAUUUUAAUGAUAGUACAGUAGAGCCCCUUCAAGACGAAUUGAUGUAUCAUUAUCUGUUAUCAACAGAUUUAAUUUGUCAUAAAUUACCUAAUAUGGUUGGUGUUAGUUUACCUACAUUUGAUGACAAUAGCUUCUUAGAUCUUUUUAAACAAACUUUAAGCACAAGAUUAAACACUUAUAAUCCUAAAUCAUUGGACCCCCAAAGCAUUAUAUUUAAUAAAACUAUAAAUAUCAACGACCUUGAUUGGCUUAAUUUUUGUGAUAUCAAAUUGAAUACCGAAGAGAAUCCCAAAUCAUGGAUAAACACCUUGGUAUCAGUUAAAUUGCUACAAGCGUAUUUCUACCUAAAACAAAAUUUAUCAAAUUCAAUUCCGUUAUUCAAAAGAAAUAAGACUGAAAAUGAAUUCAAUACUGCGUUGAACAACUGUGUUAAUAUAGAAUCUUUAUUACUUGAAUGUCUUUCAUCAACAAGUUCUACAAAGGUUCAAUUAACCUCUCUUCAACUAUUCACAUUUUUAGCAUCAAUGUCAAAUAUUCGUGAAUCAAGUCUAAAUGAAUUCAAAAGUACUUUAUUACAAAGAUUUGAAAAUCCUGACCUAAUAACUUGGUGUACGAUAUCUCUAGUACCACUUUUGACCCAAUCAUCAUUACAACUAAGAGAAGAAGAUAUUGUCAAAAUAACAAAAUUAUGUCUACCACUAAUCAAAGAACAUAACAACUGCAGGCCGGCUUGUUCUGUGAUAUCAAAAAUAAUUAGAUAUUCUGAUAAGAUUGUUGCAGAUCCCACUCUUAGGAACCAAAUAUUUGAUCUUUAUGACCUUUCUGAUGUAAAUGGUCCAUCGUUAGUAUGCAAUGAGUCCUUUGAAUUUUGGCAAUAUCUUCAACAUUAUGCUUCAGAGUACCGUUCGAGAGAAGGUAAAUUAAGUGAAUAUAGAGUGAGGAUUUGGUUAAUGAACUCUUGGGACCAAAUUUUCAGUAGUUCAGAAAAUCAAAAAGAGAUAGAUUUGUUUUUGUUAUGGUUGGCAGGCAUUGAUAUUGAUGAUAGACCCAAUAUAAUUGAAACCAUGGCUAUUGAAAAUGCAGAACAAUAUCUGUCAUGGGGCCAUAGAAUAAUAAUAGAGAAGGAAAGUAGACCGCACAGGAAAUUCUUAAUUCAACCACCACAAACUGAGAAACAAAUAAAGUAUGGUCAAAGAACAAUUCAAAUGAUUCGCAACAUAUCAAAUAACAAGACUGUGAAUGAUAUUCUGUUCAAAGCUCUAGAUAUUCUUGAAAAACACGAUACAUAUUCAAUUGAUGUAAUACUAAAAUGGACAUUCACUCUGUUGAGGAUAGGAAAGUACAUCAAGUCAAACACCGAUUAUGAGGACUUUAUAUACGCAUUGAAAAACACUUUAUACCUUUCAAAGUAUUCUGUUGAAUUUAAAUCUUAUAAAACUUAUCUCCAGUAUUUUAAAGAAGUAAUUAGAGGAGAUUUUGAUUGGGCACUAGUUGACGAAAUUUUUGACCAUUCUCAUAUUUUCAAUCUCUUUACUGACAAGUUUUUAGUAAUAAAUACUAACAAGGACAAUAAUGAUCGAGAUUUCGAGAAAACAUCACCUGAAAAAACUAUUAAAAGAACUGGAACACCAUUACCACAAGAGUAUGCAAUAAUAUACGAUUCAUUCGAACUACGACUUUCAUUUGAAGCACUGACACAUAUUAUUUUAGAUAGCAAUUCCGAAAAUAGAUUUUCUAUUCUAUUAGACUAUUUAAACAAACUAACACCCCAAUUAAUUAUAUCAUGCCUUAGGUUAUUUUUUAAACUAUCCCAGAACAAUAAGAAAUCAACCCUGGAUAUUGGAAACUCAGAAUUAGAGAAACUAACAUCUUUAGUAGGUCAAAAACUACUGUCUAAUCAAUAUAACACUUCGAAUGCAACCAUAGAAUGCCUCUGCGACUAUCUAUUCAUUGUUGAUGAGCAUUGGUUGUCUGAUCCGUCUAGUCACAUAUAUUCAGACUGUAAUGACAUAUUGAAUUGGUUGAUAAUGCGUUUCGAAGACCAAACAUUCAGUGGAACCUAUGCAUUGAGACAUUUAAUUCUUCUAUUUCUCAAUAUACUUACUUACCCCAAACUCUCCCAAAAUACAGACAAGGGUACAAAACAACGAAUAUUCGAAGUACUUAUUCAAUGUCUACAAAGGUUAGAUACUAAUUCUAUCAUGUGUGUCGAGAACUCUAUUAUUGAAUAUAUGAAGAUCAUCACAUAUAAAAAUCAAAAUAUAUUCUUGAAAGAGAUAAUAAAAGUAUUUAGUGUCCCACAACAAAGUAUAGAAAUAGCGGCUUGUUAUACACUGACGUUAAUUCACAUGACCUCAAUAUCGUACACAAUAUUAGUACAAUGCCUGCUAGAUAUGCUAUCAUAUCAACAAUAUUAUCAUGUCGAAUAUUUUAUUCAUCAUGCUUUUGAUCUAAUUACCAAAUCAUGGAAAAUGGAAACAGCCUUAGAAUUAUUUGAUAUGUGUAAAUUAGAAUUGUUGUCAAACUGGAUAAAAGGAAUUUCAAAGAGUGACUCAACCUCUAUAUAUCAAUGGGAUAUAACGGCAUUUGGGUUUUCUGAUAUCGAUCAUGUUUAUAUAAAAUAUUCGAGAGAAAUUGGCGCAAUCUACAUGUCCUCAGGAUCUAAUUGUAAAGAUGUCUUAGAUCGAUUAUUAAAAAAUGGGUCGAAAGAUGAGGCCGAUAUAUUAACUAGGAGUCUAUUCUUAGCUAUUCCACUAGCCUUCGUUGAAGAUAAUAUUGGGUCUCUAAUAUUUGAUGUAGGUUUUCAGUUACUUGGUAAGAACAUGCAAGUGUAUGAAAAGAAGGACUCGCUAUUGACCUUUAAAAUAUUUUUACGAUUAUUAGACCUCGGUCGACCCGAUGACGUAAAUAGCGCUCUUCAACGAUAUUAUCCAAACAUUAUUAAAUGGAAUGAAAUUAUUAAAAAUGAGAAAUCAACCAUACGAUACCAAUUUCCCUUUCACAUUGAUUUGAUCUCUGGUAUGAAAUUUAUGAAUGCAUAUUUUAAUCACUCGGAGUUUGUUCGAUCAGAAAUCUGCGAACGACUUCUAUGGGUUGAAUUGACUGAGUUAGAAAAUUCCGACGAAGUAAUCGGGAAAUUAAGAUGCUUACGUGAAAUAAAGGUUAUAUUCUUCCAUUUUGGGAAGAAUUUAUUCAAAUGUGUUGGGUAUCAUGCUAUCAUCCGAAAGAUCGCCCAGUACAUCAUGGAUAAAAAUUUACUAUUUGAUAUCAUUCCUCUACUACAAAUAAUCUUUACCAAUGAACAGAGAACCAUAAUAGAUAGUAAAAAAUCGAUUUCUACAGUAUUUCUACAAUUCAUUAGAUUAAAACUGCACAUUAACCUGAAUUUUGGCUCCGAAAUCACCAGUUUAUUAAAUGAAAUUUCUAUAUCUACAGAUCAAAAUGGUUUUCCGUUAUGGUCAAUGUGUAUUGAAUACAUUAAUGGGAAUGAAAUAGAAUUGGACUAUAAUAUCGUAAGUGAAGUGCUGAACGGUCUACUCUAUUGUGACGAAGACCUUCUGAUAAUAUCUGUAUUGUUAAGUGAUAAUACUAAAGUUCAUCUCAAUAAAUCUCAAUUUGAAUUAUCAGAACGCAGUCUAUUUAGAUUAUUAACUACUGAUGUAGAUAGUCCAUUUUCUUCGAAACGAUUCACCCUUUUAAAGGCUUUAUUUAUAAAAUAUAAGGUAGAUAAGAAUAUUUCUAUCCCAAGCUCAGCUGAAGCAGCAUCAAUUAUCCCGAAGUGUUCCAAUAUAUUUAAAAGCUCUAACCCAUUACUGAUUUUUUAUCAAGAUUUCCUAAAUUUUAACAAACAUCUGGAUUCUAAAAAUGACAGCAAUAAAACAUUUCUUUUAAGUCGUACCAUAUCUGAUUUUUUGUUGUGUAAUAUUGGGUCAGGUAGUAUUAUCGACACUACAAGAAUUAAUUUAAGAGAAUUCCCAGAUAAAUUGAAUAAUACACAAGAACUAAUAUACGAUAUUAUAUCUCCUCAUUGGGAGCCACACGUAGAUAUUAAUGAAUUCGCACUUGAUUCAAAGAAAUAUGAAAAAUUUAGCUCUGACUUAUGGCGGACAUCAUUUAUGUCAGCGUUACUACAAGCAAUGUCAUUUACGGUUCCUAUAAUCACAAUAUUCAACCCGUUGAUUGUAGAAUCGUAUCAAUAUCGCCAAAAAACUUUUAACAGUUUAUUUAUCCUUUCUUUGUUCUAUGAUCCAAAAGGUUUCAUAGAAUGGUAUCCUACCCUAAUUAUUACUGUAAUGAAUAGUAGCAACGUAACCGACUAUGAAGCCAAACUAAGAAUAGUUCUCUCGACAGUUUCGAUUAUAAGAUACGGUUGUAAACUCCAAAACAAAUGUUGCAUGAAGGCAUUUCAAAAAUUGAACCUUUCACAAUUGUGUUUCUUAGCUAUCGACGCUAAGAUGCCAACCUUAGGUCUAAUGCUAUACGAGGAAAUUUAUAUGGAGAAAAACACUGAAAAUGAUCAAAUACUUUUAUCAAAAGUAUACGACAGUCUAGGUGAUAGGGACUUCCAGUCUGGCCUACCCCCAGCACACUCUUUAAUGGAGGCAUUUAAUUCUACGAUUAAAUUGGACUAUAAUCCAUGGAAAAGUUUUGUUUUUUCAAAUGCUAGUUUUGAUGCAAAUUAUAAAUCACGAACCUCAGAUGAUUUAACCCUGUUGAAAAUGACUUCCGAAAAGAAUGGAUUUUAUGGUAUUACAAAGUCGAUCGAAAGUGGAAACCCAUCACAAGAAUCUAAUGAAAACUUUGACUGGAAUUUUCAACUUGGGAAUUGGGAUUUACCAAUCCCAGAAAAGGUAGAUAGUAUUUCUAAGGGACUAUAUUCAACCUUGAAACUCGUGAAUAAUGAGCAUAGCUCUGUAAAUCUAGCUUUGGAGGAAUCAUUAAUUCGUAUUAUGGGUGCUCAAAACAAUUUUAAAAACUCUGAAGACUGGUUUGGUCUUGUUACUGAAAUAGGUAAAUUGAUUGAUAUAGUUGAUAAUUUAAACAUUCCAAUGAAAUUGGGAGAUGUCUUAAAUAAAAUUGCUAAAUAUUCGAAUUCAACCCCAAACCCGGCAGACUUAGAUAACCAGAGGAUGUUUCUACAGAGUAGACAUCAUUUCUUAUCUGCAAUAUUUGCGAACGUAAAAUUAUCGGCACAUUAUAAUCCAAUUACUUUGGACCUUGCACGUACUAUCGUACUAAAAGACCAAAUGAAAUUUUCUAUUAAAAAUCAUAAAUUGCAAGAUUCACUGCGAAAUGCUUUUAUUUUGACAUCUUUAAAUAAGGUUUCCCAAAGUCCACCGAUAGAGGAUAGCAUUAGCCAUGCUUCUUCUCGUCUGAUAUCAUUUUUAUCUGCUAUUACAUUGUGGGAGUCUGAUGACUAUAAAACACCAAUAAUGAUGAUGAAUGAUUUAUUAAGAACAUCGGAGCCUGAAAUAGAAGCUGAUAUUUCAGAAUUCAAACCACUUGUUAAUUUAUUAAGUGUAGAAAAUGGCAUCGUUCUGGGGUAUCUAGUAAAGUGGUGCUCUGAAUCCAGAAUGGAAUCCCCUAAUGAAAUAUAUAAAAAAUAUAUUGGUGGAAAAACUAUACAGGUGGAGGAAAGUGACCUUCGAGCAAGAACGUUUCGUAUAUUUGGAGAUUUCUUGAAUAAUCAAAUUAAAAAACUACAAGCUAGUGGAGAAAUUGGAAAAUUCCAAGAAAGGAGUAAGAUCAGUAGACAGAAUUUAGAAACACUCACCUUAAUAUCCCAAAAUCAAACUGUUUCAGAAAAAGAGAGGAAGGUUGCAAAGAGACAUAUUUACAAAGCUCAAUUACAAUAUGAUAGAGAUCAAGGUAGACUUAAUGAAUUGGAACUAUUACGCGACGAAUUUACAUACGAGUCACUAAAUUUUUAUAUGAAAACAUUAAUAUCCACAAAUAUUUAUGAUUCUGAUGUCAUGGAUAAAUUUUGUGCAUUGUGGUUUGAAAAUGCAGACAACAGCACACUUAAUCAAAAAUUAAUGGAGAGUAUUAGUAGUAUUCCAAGUUGGAAAUUUAUACCAUGGGUUAAUCAAAUAUCGUCCAAAUUAAACAACGAUGAUUCAGCAUUUCAAAAACCGUUACAAUUAACAAUGAAAAGAUUACUCUAUAAACUACCAUACGAGUCCAUUUAUUCUGCGAUAAGCAUUAAACUUUAUCAAAUUUACACCAUUGGCUCUAAUGCGAAUAUAGUUGGGAAGAUUGCUGCUGUUAAAAAUAUCUUUGAAAGUUUGCAAUCAUUCGAUUCUGGUAAUUAUUAUAGUAAGUAUAUCCUCCCAAUUGAGGAGUUCUGUCAAAAGUCUGUCGAAUUAGCGAGCUUUAGAAUUAAGGAGGCAUCUAAAGUAAUUAACCUAAAAGGUCUAAAAAUAGGAGAUUACUGGUUGAAUAAACUACCAAUGAAUAAAAUCCCACUUCCAACAGACCAUAUUACCAUCCACAGUUCAGAGGAUGGGAAGAAAAACCGUCCGUAUAUUGUAUCUGUUACUGAAGAUAUUCAUGUCACCUCAACCGGUAUUUCUUUACCGAAAAUUGUAAAGUUCAAGAUGUCUAAUGGUGUUACAAAACAGGUACUAAUGAAAGGAAGUAAUGAUGAUUUGAGGCAGGAUGCAAUUAUGGAGCAAGUCUUUACCCAGGUUAAUAAUAUUUUAAUGCAAAAUGAGGAACUUUCAAAAUCUAAACUCAGAAUCAGAACGUAUAAAGUUAUUCCAUUGGGCCCAAGAGCUGGUAUAAUUGAGUUUGUAAAUAAUUCAGUCAGUUUACACCAGGUAUUAAAAGAGUACCACAAGGAUGAUAAGUUGAAAUUCGACGAUGCAAGAAGGGAAAUGAAGGCCGUUCAGACGAAACCCAAUCCAGAGAGACUAAAAAUAUAUAAUAAAAUAGUUUCCAUUAUAGAACCUCAAUUAAGGAUGUUUUUCUUUGAAAAUUUUAUUGAUUAUAAUGCAUGGUUUGAAGCUAAAAAAUGUUAUACCAGAGGUAUGGCCACGACUUCGAUUGUUGGUUAUAUUCUUGGUUUAGGGGAUAGACAUUUAAAUAAUAUUUUACUUGAUUCUUCAACUGGUGAACCAAUUCAUAUUGACUUGGGUAUUGCCUUUGAUCAAGGAAAAUUAUUACCUAUUCCUGAACUAGUACCAUUCAGACUUACAAGAGAUAUAAUUGAUGGAUUUGGUAUCACAGGUGUUGAUGGACUAUUUAAAAGAAGUUGUGAAAGAGUGUAUACGGCUUUGAGGAAGGACUCUGAAAAAGUAAUGUGUGUCUUGAAUGUUUUGAAAUGGGAUCCAUUAUAUUCUUGGGUCAUUUCACCGGUGACAAAGCAUAAACAUCUUUUGGAGGAUGAUACUGAGCUGGACGAUAAUCCUAACCUUGAACAAAGAACUAAUAAUAAAGAUGGUAAACAAGUAGUUGAUAAUAAUGAUAAUCAAGAAUCAAAUAGAGCAUUGAAAGGUGUAGAAGAGAAAUUAAAUGGAGAUGGGUUAAGAGUGGAAGCUACGAUUGAAGGAUUAAUUCAGGAUGCUACUAAUCCUGAAAAUUUAUCUAUUAUAUAUAUGGGAUGGUCACCAUUCUAUUGA